AUCUCUACCGCCUUCUGCGAAACCAUCGAGGCGAGAGUCCUCCGGGCUGCCUAGAGCGUCCCGGAAGUGGCGGUGACGGUGAAGGGGCGCGGAUCGGCUGCACUUCCGGCGGCGGUGGCUGCUCCGGGUCCGCAGGAGGUUUUGUCUCGCUAGCCAGAUGACCGUGUUUUCAGCUGUCUUGUACCGCCCUGCACAUACCUGCAUGUCAAGCGUGAGGAAGCAUCCGUCAUGAGUGAAUUCCUGGCACUGAGCCUGCACUGAGCCUGCAGGACACCUUUUCCAGCGGUCCCGGCCCUUCCUUCUUCCUGUGGUGCUUCGAGUCAGGCUCUGUCAAGUGACUGGGCUCCCAUUUUCUCCUGGUUUCAUAUUAAACAUCUCCCUAAAGGUGGAUUGUGGCCUUUACUUCCCUCUGCUCCUCGUAGGGCCAAACAGUACGGCAUCACACUGUCACACCCAGUAAAUAGGAUGUAAAUAGUAUCCCUGUAGGACCAGCACCUUCCUUCACUUUGCAGACCAGGACUGACUCGGAAGGGUGCAAGGAUGUGCCCAGAGAUGACUGGUGACAGGCCCGGAUUUGUCUUUGGGGCUGUUGCUACAUUUGAGGAAACUUUUCAUUUCUCUUGAGUUGUAGUCUCAAAGAGCCACAUUUUUAUGCUCUAUGGAUGACUCGUCCUGUGGCCUCACCAAAUGCUCAAAGUUGGAAGAAGCAGCCAAGAUGAGGGUUUGGGGUGGGGUAGGGAGUCACAGCCAGAAGUGCACUUGUGAGUACCGCAUGCCUUUCACUGCGGGAUGUGGCGAGGGGUGACAGUAAGCUCACUGUGGCUGCUACCUGGGUGGUCUGCGGUCCUUCCCAGGUGAGGGGUGAGAGGGCUGUAGGCUGAGUCAUGGAGGCAGGGGACAGCUGCUUACGAGGGAGAAGACAGGACUGUCAGAGCCAUCUCAGGGCUGAGCAGACCAGUGGGGUGGUCACUGUCAGGACCACAGCUCUUCAAUCCUUGGAAGCUGGAGGAUGGUGGUGGCACCAGGAGAAGUAUGGCGGGACCCAUGAUUCUCACAGACUGCCCUGGGCCAGCAAGGGUGUAUCCACCACAUCCUGCAAGUCCGCUCGAUGGCACAGGGAGGGGUGUGGGGUGUUCUGGGAAAUUGUUAUAAAAGGAUAGAAUUGUCCGUCUGGAAGUCACCAGUGACUCAGAAGUCAUUUGGUAGAAGUUGGAAUUCAGAACCAGUGUGUCAGCACGCUGGCGGCUGGGCAGAGAGCUAGGCAGCCUUGGACACUGGGUCAGUCACUGGCCAGCUUGUGUUGGAAGUUUCUACACCACUUGUUUCAGCUGCAGCUUCCCAAUGUGUACACUGGUGAGGACGCCUACACGCAGCCUAGGCCCACGCUCCAUGACAUUUUUCUUUCUUUCCCCUUCUGCUUUCCAGUUCCUAAAGUACUAUGCGUGUGAGACAGCGCUGUGAGUCCUGGAGAGAGGCACCCCUGGCUCAGACAGUACAACCUCGGGUAACCGGAAGCCAGCUCCCGGGGCGCCUCUACUCUCUGGUCUGUGGUUGAAGGGAGAAGCUGCCACCAUCCCCGCAGAGAAGGCCAGAGGUUUCAACAGCGUGGCGAAGUCUAGGGGACGGUGUGACUCGGGAGCGGUCCAGGAGCUCUCUCCUGGCCAGGGCGCUGGGAGCCUGGAAGACAAGGGACAGCUGAGGCAAGAGGUUGCUGGAACUGGAGGGAGGAACAGAGGAGGAACUGUGGCUUGUGGUGGUGCAGGAUCAGCACAACGGGGUGGGCAGAGUGGAGAGAGAAACGGGCAAGCCAGGGGAACGGGAGGAAAGGGGAGAGGAGGCAGGAAGGCUGUGUGUCCUCCAUCUGAGGGACAAGCCUCCCCCCACAUGGCCUCCAAGCAGGCUGCCGGGAGGGGCCCAGGGGAGAAGCGCAAGAGGGUGGUGCUGACGCUGAAGGAGAAGAUGGACAUCUGCGCACGCCUGGAGAGGGGCGAGAGCCGGAAGGCGCUGAUGCAGGAGUACAACGUGGGCAUGUCCACGCUGUACGACAUCAAAGCCCACAAGGCACAGCUGCUGCGCUUCUUCGCCAGCUCCGACUGCAACAAGGCUUUGGAACGCCGGCGCACGCUGCACACGCCCAAGCUCGAGCACCUGGACCGCGUCCUGUACGAGUGGUUCCUGGGCAAGCGUGCCGAAGGCGUGCCUGUCUCGGGCCCCAUGCUCAUCGAGAAAGCCAAGGACUUGUACGAACAAAUGCGGCUAACCGAGCCCUGCGUGUUUUCUGGCGGCUGGCUGUGGCGUUUUAAGGCCAGACACGGCAUUAAGAAGCUGGACGCAUCCAGCGAGAAGCAGAUGGCUGAUCACCAGGCGGCUGAGCAGUUCCGUGCGUUUUUCCGGAGCUUGACCUCAGAGCACGGCCUGACGCCAGAGCAGGUUUACAACGCCGAUGAGACUGGCCUCUUCUGGCGGUGCUUGCCGAGUCCCACCCCCGAGGGUGGGGCUGUGCCCUGCGGCCGGCAGAACAGGGACAGGCUGACCGUCCUCAUGUGUGCCAAUGCCACGGGCUCCCACAAAAUCAAGCCCCUGGUGAUCGGGAAAUGCAGCGGGCCCCGGGCUUCCAGAGGCAUCCAGCACUUGCCGGCGGCUUACCGGGCCCAAGGUAACGCGUGGGCGGACAGGGCGGUUUUCUCUGACUGGUUCCAUCAUAUCUUUGCUCCGUCAGUGAGAGAGCACUUCCGAGCCCAGGGCUUGCCAGAAGACAGCAAAGCUAUGCUCCUGCUGGACAGCUCCCGGGCCCACCCGCAGGAGUCCGAGCUGGUUUCCGCGAACAUCUUCACCAUCUUCCUGCCCGCCAGCGUCACCUCCUUAAUCCAGCCCAUGGACCAGGGCAUCCGGCGAGACUUCAUGAGGAAUUUCAUCAACCCCCCUGUCACGCCACAGGGCUUCCACGCGCGCUACAAUGUGAACGACGCCAUCUGCAGCGUGGCCUGUGCCUGGAACGCGGUGCCCGGUGACGUCUUCAGCCGGGCCUGGAGGAAGCUGUGGCCCGCGGCUGCGCUGGCGGAAGGCUCCUCUUCCGAGGAGGAGCCCGAGCGCCUCAGAACCAAGCCUCACGACCAGACCUUCGCGCACGUCCUGGAACUCGGGAGAGAGGCCGCGUCCCGCGCGAGCAGCAGACUCAACGGGAGCGCGGCGGCCGAGCGGGCUGGGCCUGGGCAGGAGGCUGGAGGAGGGCGCCCCGCUGCGGGCCACCCAGAGCAGGCCGAAAAGGAUGGUGGGGCUGGGGAGGGCGAGGAGGUGGCCUGGGAGCAGGCGGCCGUGGCCUUUGACGCCGUGGUCCGCUUUGCCGAGGCGCAGCCUUGCUUCUCGGCACCGGAGGUGGGGCAGCUGCGCGCGCUGCGCUCGGUGUUCGUGCGGCAGCGGCAGGGGCGGCGGCGGUGCCCGGCACUCAGGGCCGGGGUCAAGCUCGAAGCCCCCCAGGAGCUCGCGGCGGGGUGCGCCGCCUCUGCCGGCUCCCCGCUGCCCUGCUCGUCCCUGGCGGGUGAGAACUGACUGCGUCUGGAGCCGCGGCUGCGUGGCCACACCCACCGGCGGGGAGCUGUUCCCGGAGGGUGGGUGCUGAGACAUGCGUGCCCAGCCCCUCACUUUGUGGCUAACCAAGUACCUCACUGGUCGUGUCACACGAACAUGAGGACAUAUUCUGGCAGGGCCCACCAAACCUAAAACAUACCUGAGCGUCCUGUGGCUACACUCCAGGACUGGGCGAGCAGGUUCUGGUCGGUGGCUGGCUCAGCCUCGCUGUGUCCGAGGGUAGAGAUGUCCGUCGGGAGGAGAAAAGUCGGCCCUUAGGCCGGCCAAUGGCAGUACCUGCCACCAUUUGACAGGCUGGCAUGUCCCAAGGUCCACGUAUCCUGUGCCUCAGGGCUUGGUCUGCUGGGCUGGUUCCCAAGAGCAGUUCACCAAGGGCCAGGACUCAGUUUAUGACCUUGAGUCAGCUAAGCCCCCUGCUGUGGCUUUACAGGCAACCUGUCAUCAGCCUGCUCGAGUGUCCCCCUUCAGGCAUGACUUUGCUCAGCAGCACGAGCCUGUGAACGUUCCUCCAUGUUGCCCGCAGACCCCGUGCCUUGGGCUUGACCCCAACAUGUGGGCUGCAUGCUGACUUCACGUGUGGAAUUGCUUCCCAUAAAGCAAGCAGGAGCGUUGGGCCAGGCGUGCCCUCGCCCGCUAGAGGACCAUAGGGCCCUGUGGUGUUUCUGGCAUCUUGGCUCAGAGUCCAGUAGACGUGCACCAUCCCAUAUUGCUCAGAUAUCACAUUCACGGCCUUUCCAUGGAUAAAUCUUGACCAGACCUUCAGAAAUUAGUCUUAGGUUUGCACAGACAUAACUAAAACAGGAAAACAAGCUGUUUAGAUUCCUAGCAAUAGUUGAAUAUCUAUCCGCAGCUGUUCACACCUUGUUGAGACUUGCUGGGGAAAGUUGGCUGUUCUGGUUGGUUUGGUAAAGGCGGGGCGUGAAGCCAUGGUGAUUCUUCCUGUCUCCUAGGCGGGUCACAGCUUCCCGGUGGCGCUGCCUCACUUGUGGCCAGACCUGUAGUCACAGAAAGGCCUGGGUCGGCAGUACUUACCCUCCUCUUUGUACACAACAUGGGCUAUUUUUCUGUGUUUCUUUCACUGCUUUGCCUUUGAAUUCCAUCCUCUUCUUGAAGUCAAUGUCACGGCAGCUGAGUGGAUGCGUAGUUUUCAUCUGUUUGCUCUUUAUGCCACCAGGGGGACCUUUGUUCCCUUGAGAGCCGAGGAACCUCAAGUGUUCGGUUUGCCCUGGGUUUCUCUUGUAUUUUUACCGCUUUCAAACACCAGGGUGGCAGCCAUUGCUGACAUGGCGCUACACCGUGGAGCGUGUGUCCCGCUUUGGAUGCAUGUAUGAAGGUUGGGAAAUGAGCACAGACCGUUUUAAGCUUCCUUGCCGAUUCUGUGCUGCUGUGACAUCUGUUUCCUUCACAUGUCUGGGUAACACCUGUGCACCCGUGUACUCCUGUGUCAUUUUGUGUCACUUCCAGACUCAGGUGCAUCCCCAUGCCAUUGAGUUGCAGCUGCUUGAGGUACAAUAGGAAGUUCGAUGUGGAAUCAGCAAGGCUGCCCUCGCCAUUGGCUGUGGCCAUAUGGAGAUGGAUGGGCAUGCCCGCCCGGAGAGGUGCCCCCGCAGUCAGCCUGCGGGCCCCCGCCCAGCCGUUCUUGAGCUGCAGGACUUCGACGGGUGGGUGGAGCCAGGGAGGGGCCUGGCAUGGGGGUUCCUGGCUGGCGCUCCUAGGUUGCCGUCAGACUAGACCCCAGGCCAUGGGCUCUUGUCAUGCCCUCACUACCUGCUCCUGUCCUGGCGUGUUGUGGCAGAUCAAUAAACGCACGUCAGCGGACAAACUGAGCGGUGUUUAUCCUCAGGGUCUCCUUCCAGAACCAGCCACUCCUGCUGCCGAUCAAGGGGUGCUUCAGGGAGCAGGACUCGCCUUGCAUGCCUCCCUCUCCCCUUCCUCCCCAUGGGGGCUCUUCUGGAGAUCUCAGGAGGAGUGAGGAUUCUCAGUGUAAGUGAUGGCAGAGACCUGGAGCCCAGUGAGGCUGUCUUGUGAGCUGUGUGUCCGGCCCUGGUGAGCACCUCUGCCCCGGGCUCCUUGCAGAGACUGCUGCGUCCUCUUCACGCCCAUCCCUAGGUGCUUUGCUCCACUUACUGUCCAGUUUCUGAGAGGUUCAAGUGGUCAGGGUCUUGAGUUUCAGAAUUUUUUUGGCCCAAACAGUCUUAGGUGGAGCCCCCUGGACUGGAUGUGAAAUGGAGCUGGAGGGACCACACCACCCUUUUUCCUCACCAGUAGCUGCUGAGGCCCCUCAGGGAACCUGGGCUCCCUGUUCCUCCCACCCCCCACCUCCCCCUAUACCCCCAACUCCAACCCCAGCCCACACUGGCCGUGGGGUUGGCAGGGACAGGACCUUGGUGGCUCACAGGGUGGUGACUCCCCCAGAUUCUCCCCACCCCAAAGGGAGGUUGUCACCCCAGGGUGGCGUGUGACCUGUGCUGUGGUGUUGGACUAGGUGUGUGAAAUGAGUGCAUCAGGACCUGUGACCGUGGGAGCCAGGGGCCCGCAGAAGCCGGCAGAUGGCCCCAGGGCACCCACGCUGGGCUGCAAACCUUGCUCACUGCUCCCCACCCUGGGGUUUAUUGACUUACUACUCUAUCAAUAGGACUCUGAAGGGACAGGCUUAGUGGCCUGUUGAUCACCCUGCUUGCCUUCAUGUCCGUCAUUUACAGACGUGUCCUGAGCCAGGCCUGAGGUCCUGGAUGGGCAGCUGGACACUGAAGGGGAGGGGCUGGAGCCCAUGAUGGUCUGUGAGCAGGGGCCAGCCUACACGCAGAGGAGGGGAGCUCCGCCAGGCCCCCCAGGCCAGGAUCAGCCAGCACAGAGGGGCACCCCGACCCUCACACAGGCUUACAGUUGCCCAGAUGGUUGCUGUGUGAGCCUGGGCUUGAGGUCAGCAGAAACGGACCGCGGAGCCAGCCAGCCGUGCCGGGCAGAGGGUGGGCCUGGAGUCUAGCUUGGCCAAUGUGUGCCUCCCCAGGGGGCUUCUCCCAAGGGAGCAGGCUCCUCCUGUCUGUUCCCACUGGGCCCGAUCUCUUCCCUUCCCCUGCUCUGGCUCACCCUUCCGUGUCUCAGUCUGAACCCUGCGGUGGAACACGCCUCUUUCUCCACCCUGGACCUGCCCCACUCUCAACUGGGGCAUCGCUGGCUGGCACUUUCCUUGCUGCCCUUCCACUUCUCCCAGAGGCCAGAGGCCCUGCUCCCAUAGAGGGCAAAGCAGGGGUCCUGGGAUUUGGGGAUGCCAGGCCAAGGCAGGACACUGGGGGUGACAAAGCUGUCAGACACGCAGCCUUGGGGAGCUCUGGUCUCAGCAGGACUCUGCGCCUGGGGUGGGAGCCUGCUGCCCCAAGCCUGGCUGGUGAGAGGCGGCACUAGAGCGGGGCCCAGGUCAUCUGUGAGGCAGGCCCUGACCCAGGGAAGUGGCAGCCGGGACAGGUGUAGGAGGAGGGGGGUCCCCGGGGCUGCCCUCAGCCCCCCCCACACUGCCCAUGUCACUGCCUAUUCUCUGCCAGGCCGCCACGCACACACCAUCUUCCCCUUUUGAAUGUCUUUCUUGAUUUAUGGGGCAAUACAUUUUAAUAAAGGGCUUUUCCCCUUGUGAGCCCAGAGCAUGGGGCUUCUCUUAGCUCAGGACCGUGCCUGUUGCCAGCUGCUUUAAUAAGGACGCCCAUAAAUCAAUCUGUUUUUUGUGGCUCUGAAAAAUCAGGCCACUGGGUCUCAUUGCACCUCAUUAUUAUUAUUAUUAUUAUUAUUAUUAUUAUUAUUAUUAUUUUAUUUUAUUGGGGAAUAUUGGGGACCAGUGUGUUUCUCCAGGGCCCAUCAGCUCCAAGUUAUUAUCCUUCAAUCUAGAUGUGGAGGGCGCAGCUCAGUUUGCACCUCAUUAUUUAAUGAAACACACAUUAUCAAAACGGAGCCAGAGCACCAAUCGAGGGGAGGUGGCAACUUCUUGAAGGGAAGAGCAGGGGUUGGGAGGCCAUGGCCGAUCCCCUGCAAUGGGGGGUACAUUCCUGGGGUUCCUGAGGGCUGUCCUCUGGCCUCGCCCGGGUGGCCCAGCUCUUAACUCUGCUGGACCUGUGGCGGAGGCCUCACUCAGGCGUCAGCCUCAUCUCACUUCAUCCCUAAAAAGGGACCCCUACAUUCCUCCCACAUCCCCAGACCCCCCGCAGCAGGCUCAGAGAUGUUCUGUCCCACUGUGGGGGGGCACUGCCACAAAGCCCGCUCACUCACAGAGGGUCUUGCUGGGCUGCAGGCCACUAAGGAUGCUGGCCGUGCAAAGAAGUUGCAUCCCCUGCUUUCAAAGUGUAAGGGUUAUGGUGUACUUUUCAAGAUUUAAAAAAUUUGGUUUAUUUUUCUUUCUUUUUUUCUUUUUCUUUUCCCUCCCACCUCAUUUAUUAACUGUUUUCUCGAGGCUACAUGCAUACCUCAUUAAUCUGAACAACUGGCAGAACCUGAUUUGAAAGAAACUGGUUCAGCCCUCAGACAUCUGGACGCCGGCAACCGGACUGCAAUUCUGGACGGCAAUUUUCCAUCAGAUGGCAUGUGAAUCAUCCGUAGGACCAGGUUCAAGGUAACCAUCGCGGAACAAACCGGACCCAGGGGACAUUUCUCCUGGACGUCAGCUCUAAGGAGUCGCUUGACUAGCUCCCUCUUUCCUUUGUUCUGCCUCUUCUUGUAUACCUAUAAACCCCCUGACCAUUCUAGGAACGGGAAAGGUGGCCUUUGUGACGGCAGUCCACCAUCUUCCCGGAAUGCCGACAUUUUGAAUAAUCCUACUUUUCUUUCUGCCAACCCUUGUCUCUCGAUCAGCGGCAAGCAGCUGAACCCAAGUCAUUAACAAAAGGACAGAAGUUCAAGAAAAAACCCACCCACUUUACUGCAGCUAAAAUAAUGAAGUCAAUAAAAUAGGCUUUCAGUUUAUCAAACUCAAUGAAAAUGUUCAGUGCUUGGAACUGUCUUCUCCAGCUUGCUGUCUGGGUAAUAACUGCGAGGUGGACCAUCUCAUGAAUGUCACGGUUAGUGUCCUGCUCAGUGAGCCAUCGUGCAGCCUGGCUGAUUCCCAGUUUGAGCUGAGGAGGUGGGGACCUCCUGCAAGUGUGGAAUUGGGGGUUUUGUGCGGCAGGUUUGGGGACAGGUGUGUGACCUGGAGGCUGUGGCUCUGCCCAAGGCUGUGCUGGGGGCCUCGCUGGGG